CUUUGAUUUUCACCUUGCAACGCGCUCUUCCCCCCAACUUCCAAGAUGAGCGAACGUCGAGAAAGUCUCAGCCUGCAGGACCCAGAGAAGCUGGCCAAGUCCGAUGCGGUCGAGCCGGCCAGUUUGGCCGACCACCUGCAUGGCCGCCAAUUCAGUGUCGACGCCGCCGAUGUUGCCAUUGUUGAGACCGAUCAGGGCAAGCUGCACCGGAAUCUGCAAGGCAGACACAUGCAGAUGAUUGCCAUUGGUGGUGCCAUCGGUGCUGGUCUCUUUAUUGGAAGCGGUGGUGCUUUCCAAACUGGAGGCCCUGCCGCCGUUCUCAUCGGCUUCAUGAUCAUCGGUUUCAUGGUUUAUCUCAUGAUGCAAGCGCUUUGCGAAUUGGCUGUCAUGUACCCCAUCAACGGAGCAUUUACCAUGUACAUCUGCAGAUUCAUUGACCCUUCGUGGGGAUUUGCCUGUGGUUGGCAAUACGGCAUUGGUUGGCUCACGGUGCUUCCAUUCGAAAUUUCCGCAGCUUGCAAUAUCAUCCACUAUUGGACAAGUGUAGAGAACGUGAAUGAUUGCGCUUGGAUCAUCCCGUUACUUUUCGCUCUGACCGUCAUCCAAUACUUCGGAGUCAGGGGCUAUGGAGAGGUCGAGUUUAUCCUCAGCGCAAUGAAAGUCACUGCCUGCAUUGGAUUUAUCAUCCUGGGAAUCAUCAUCGACUGUGGAGGUGUCCCGACCGAUCAUCGAGGCUACAUCGGAGCCAGAUACUGGCAUUCUCCAUGGAGUGCUUUCCUCAAUGGCUUCCACGGUUUCUGUACCGUCUUUGUCACGGCCUCCUUUGCUUUUGGCGGCACCGAACUUACUGGACUUGCGGCUGCCGAGGCCAAAAAUCCUAGGAAGGAAAUUCCCAGGGCUUCGCGACAAGUCGUGUGGCGUAUUUGCAUCUUUUACGUCGUCAAUCUCUUCCUCGUCGGCCUUAUUGUCCCUGCAGACAGUCCGCUCUACAGCGGUCCGGGAGCCGAAAGUCGACAUUCCCCCUUUGUGAUUGCUAUCGAACUAGCAGGCAUCAAAGCACUCCCCUCGAUAUUCAACGCCAUGAUUCUGAUUUCUGUCAUGAGUGUUGCCAACUCCUGUACAUUUGCCUCUACUCGAACUUUCCAGGCGUUGGCUCAACAUGGUAUGGGACCCAAGCUCUUCGCAUACGUCGAUAAGAAGGGCCGCCCUGUCGUCGUCACCAUCCUUCAACUCCUUUUCGGUUGUUUGGCGUUCCUCAACCUGGACAAGAAUGGAGGUGGUAACGUCUUCAACUGGCUCCUGGCCUUGUCCGGUCUCUCUUCGUUCUUCAUUUUCGGCAGCAUCGCUAUUGCGCACAUCCGCUUCCGGGCCGCAUGGAAACAUCAAGGCCACAGCUUGGAUGAAAUCCCCUUUAAAGCCGCUUUCGGCAUCUACGGCUCUUACGUCUGCGCCGUCCUGAAUUUCGUCUGCUUGGCCGCCCAGUUCUACGUCGCCCUGUACCCGGUCGGCGGGCCCAAUCUCAACGCCACCAUCUUCUUCCAGGACUAUCUUGCCGGCCCCUUCCUUCUCGCCCUGUACCUGGGCUGGAAGCUCUGGUCUUGGUUCAUGCAAAAGGAGCAUCGCCCGCUCUAUGUCAAAAUCAAGGACAUCGACAUCUACACGGGAAUGCGCGAGGGACAGGUCGAACUCAUUUCCGGGCCUGGCGUCUCGGACCAACAGCGCCGGGAGAGUAUCAUGGAACUCCAAGAGGAGCAGAAGAAGAAGGGAGCCCUGGACUGGGCAAAGGCUGCGGUCCACUCUGUCUUCUGAUCGGGUCCGAGGAAACAAAGUCUCUACCAGCUGCCAGCCGCCGAAACACCCGAAAUUGCCACUGUGAAUGUAGUUCUCUCAAAUCGAGUCGGAUGGAGCGUUCAAGGCUCGUGAUAAGGACGGGGGGGGUUUUUUUUGGAUAUGCCAGAAAAGAAGUGGUCCAGAGACAGAGACGGGAACCAACAGGGAGAGGGAGAAAGGCGGAAAAAAGGAGCCAUUCAGAAUGUCG